AUGAUGACCUCUUCAGCACAUCAUUCAAAAAUAGCACUCGUGUUAGUGGAUAUACAGUACGAUUUCUUAGAGUCUGGGUCUCUUCCUGUGCCUGAAGCCAGCCAUAUUAUCCCAAAUGUCCAACAACUCAUUACUUUUGUUCAAGCUCGACAAGGUCUUAUCAUUGCCACUCAGGAUUGGCAUCCCAGUAACCAUACCAGUUUUGCAUCCAAUCAUACAAGCAAACGUCCUUUUGAUACCAUUCAAUUGAACUAUAAUGAUCAAUCCUAUAUUCAAGUAUUAUGGCCAGAUCAUUGUGUGCAACAUACCCCUGGGGCAGAACUUGUCCAAGAUAUCCAAUCAGCAGUACAAAUCAUCGUACAAAAAGGAACCAAUCCUGAUGUAGAUUCCUAUAGUGGGUUUGCCGAUAACCAAUAUCAUGAAAUCACCUCGUUGGCCAAACAUUUAUAUCAACAUACUAUUGAUACUGUCAUUGUAUGUGGAUUGGCUGCCGAUUAUUGUGUCAAGAUGACUUGUUUGGACGCUCUCAAGUUUGGUUUCAAGACUAUCUUGGUGAAAGAUGCGACGCGUGCUGUGAUACCUGAUCAUUUGGACCAAACUCUUCAAUCCCUUAUCGAGAAAGGUAUCAUGGUGGCUCCUUCUACUCAAGCUUUGAUUUCAGAUCCUACGUUUUAUCAUUUAGCAUAGGAUAACUAUGAUUUAUAUUGACUCUUUUUUUGUUUUGAAAUAAAAUUGGUGUUUACUUUGAUUCUCAAA